UCUCUACAGGGGUGAGGGGGGUGGGGGUGGGCGUGAGCAUGGGUGCCGGCACCGGCGUGGCAGCUGAGCACCCCUAUCUCCAGGUGAAGCUGCUGGAGCUGCAGGGGCCAGUGAUACAGCUUACGAUAGACCAUGAGGUCCAGCACCCUGCUAAUGAGUCCACUCCGGGGGCCCCAGCCCCCCAGGAGCUUGGUGCUGCUGACAAGGAUGAAUUUUAUGAGAUGAGCCUGGACGAUGACAGCGACAGCCUAGAGCCUGCAGGAGGAAGAGUACACCACAACCCCACUGCACAACAGAUGGCACAUGGCUUUGUGAGCUGCAGGGCAGCCAGCAACACCGACCCUUGGGCAGCAGUCCCUCUAUGCCAUGCUUUUACCGGGCUGCGGUGAAGGAAGAAGUAAACAUCACCAUCAGCUAAGAGCUGCCCAAGAAAUUUACAAAGGAACAAAGUUAUAGGGUUAGUCUACAUGUUACUUUAUUUGAAUGUUAGAGCCACUCAUGAUGAUUUCUGCUUCUAAUUUAUAGUUUAUUUGUAAAAUGUUAAAGGAGAGUGGGUCUUCAUGUGGCUUUCACUGAUGUCCACUCUGGCAUCCUUUAGAAUUUUUCGUUUUUAAUUUGAUAAUCAUAGGUCAUUAGCAUGCCUAUCGAGUUUGCCCUUACGUGGUGGGAGCUCAAACACACAAAGACCCACUACUGGCACAAAACCAUUCUCGCUAAU